UUUUUUUGAGAUCCCAAAGGGCUGGCAGCACAGGCACUCUUGUCUCAGCUGAAAUCUCUAAUGCUCACUGUCCGCUGGUCUCACUCAGCUCCCCUGCGGCGGAGUCCUUCUAAGCUGCGCCACAGGCUAGUGUCCCAGAGCCUGGCGUGCAGGCAGACGACCAGCUGGAAGCAAGCACCCAAGCACAGCCUGAAGGAGUCGGGCUGAAGGGACCAUCAAGCAGCUGUCUCCACCCGCCCUCCACCCCCCCCCCGCACCGGUGACGCGCCAGCCCCCGCGUGCGCGCCUCCCCACCUCCCUCUCCGCUGCCGCGCUCCCUCCGCGCUCUGCCACCCGCGCGUCCGCUGGCCCCGCAACUUCACCCGGCGCGGCGGCAGCUGGUGCGACGCCCGAGCGCUGGGGCCACGACUGUCACCCGUGGCCCUUUCCCUGUUGGUUGGGAGGAACGAGCACCGGCUGUCCGCGGAGCCGGAGGUGCACCGCAGCCAGGGGCGGUGCGUGGGUGUCGAGGUGGUACAUGCCACCCGGUACUAAGCGUCUCCGGGCACUAGGAGCGUUCUCGGCAGGACUGCCAACCAGACUCCCAGAAAUCAUGCUGGUGGGAUCCCAGUCCUUCUCUCCUGGUGGGCCCAAUGGCAUCAUCCGCAGCCAGUCCUUUGCAGGUUUUAGUGGGCUGCAGGAAAGGCGAUCCAGGUGUAACUCCUUCAUUGAAAAUGCCUCUGCUCUCAAGAAGCCUCAGGCCAAGCUGAAGAAAAUGCAUAAUCUAGGACACAAAAAUACCAACACUCCCAAAGAGCCUCAGCCGAAAAGAGUGGAGGAGGUCUACCGUGCCUUGAAAAACGGGCUUGAUGAGUACCUGGAGUUUCACCAGACCGAGCUGGACAAAUUGACUGCUCAAUUAAAAGAUAUGAAAAGAAACUCUCGCCUGGGUGUGCUGUAUGACCUAGACAAGCAAAUUAAAACGAUUGAGAGAUACAUGCGACGCCUGGAGUUUCACAUUAGUAAGGUAGAUGAGCUCUAUGAAGCCUAUUGUAUCCAACGGCGUCUCCAAGAUGGUGCCAGCAAAAUGAAGCAAGCCUUUGCGACAUCCCCUGCCAGCAAGGCUGCCCGGGAGAGUCUGUCUGAGAUCAACCGCAGCUACAAGGAGUACACAGAGAACAUGUGCACCAUUGAAGCGGAGUUGGAGAGUCUGCUGGGAGAAUUCUCCAUCAAGAUGAAAGGUCUGGCUGGCUUUGCCCGCCUCUGUCCUGGAGAUCAAUAUGAAAUUUUCAUGAAAUAUGGCCGGCAGAGGUGGAAACUCAAGGGCAAAAUAGAAGUGAAUGGCAAACAGAGCUGGGAUGGAGAAGAAACCGUCUUCCUGCCCCUCAUAGUUGGGUUCAUUUCAAUCAAGGUCACGGAACUCAAAGGACUGGCAACUCACAUCCUAGUAGGCAGUGUGACCUGCGAGACCAAAGAGCUGUUUGCAGCCCGACCCCAGGUGGUGGCUGUUGACAUCAAUGACCUUGGUACCAUCAAACUGAACCUGGAAAUCACCUGGUAUCCCUUUGACGUGGAGGACACAACCCCAUCAUCAGGCCCUGGGAACAAGACAGCUGCUCUCCAGCGGAGGAUGUCCAUGUACAGCCAGGGUACCCCAGAAACACCCACCUUCAAAGACCAGUCCUUCUUUAGAUGGUUGCGGCUGUCUGUCUUGAGUGCCUUGCGAGACACUUUCUUUGCCACGUUGCACCACAACCACUCUGUCGGUGACCUGCCUUCCCUCAGCCUGAACCCCAAGGCCCUGCUAGAAUUCUAUUCAAAUCUGCCAGAUGACAUCUUUGAGAGUGGAAAUGCAGCAGAGGAGAAAAGGCCACUGUCUCUCAGCUUCAGUGACCUGCAAGAUGGAGACUGUGUCUUCACCUCCAGCUCAACCACCUCUCCCUCCAGUUCACACUCUGCCCAUCCAGAGAUUACCAUCACCCCUGCUGAGCUUACCCACAGCAGCCUGUCCUCACAAAAUGAGGGCACUGAGGACAGCAGCUCAGCGUCUUCCAGGAAUUCCUUGGGUGAGGACCAUGAGCCAAAGUCCCACUCAAAGAGUGAUACGGUAGAGCCCAAGAAGCCCAGUGUGGAUGCCAGGUCUGGUACUGAGAGCCUUUUUCUAGAGAAUAGUGUUGCAGAGGCUCUCCUGCAGGAAUCAGAUGAGGCCUCUGAGCUCAAGCCUGUGGAACUGGACACUUUUGAAGGAAACAUCACAAAGCAACUAGUGAAGAGGCUCACCUCAGCUGAGGGGCCCAUCACUACCAACAAGCUUUUCUUUGAAGGCUCUGUUGGUAGUGAAUCUGAGGCCGGCCGGUCCUUCCUCGAUGGCAGCCUGGAAGAUGCCUUCAAUGGACUCUUCCUUGCAUUAGACCCACACAAGGAGCAGUACAAAGAGUUCCAGGAUCUGAACCAGGAAGUCACACAUUUGGAUGAUGUCCUCAAAUGCAAGCCGGCUGGCAGCCGCAGCAGGUCCUCCAGCCUAAGUCUGACAGUUGAGAGUGCUUUAGAAAGCUUUGAUUUCCUCAACACCUCCGACUUUGAUGAAGAGGAAGAGGACGGUGAUGAAGUCUGCCAUGUUGGAGGAGGAGCAGACUCCGUGUUUUCAGAUACUGAGACCGAGAAGAGUGGUUACAGGUCAGUUCACCCAGAAGCCAGGGGCCACCUUAGCGAAGCUCUGACUGAAGACACAGGCGUUGGGACCAGUGUGGCUGGAAGCCCGCUCCCACUCACCACAGGAAAUGAGAGCCUGGAUAUCACCAUUGUCAAACAUUUACAAUACUGCACCCAGCUCGUUCAGCAAAUCGUCUUCUCUAGCAAAACCCCCUUUGUGGCAAGAAGUCUGCUGGAGAAGCUGUCGAGGCAGGUCCUUGUGUUGCAGAAGCUGGCAGCAGUGAGCGACGAGAACCUCGGGAACAUCACCUCUGUGGUAGAAGCCAUACCAGAAUUCCAUAAAAAGCCAUCCUUGCUGUCCUUCUGGACCAAGUGCUGCAGCCCCUCGGGGGUCUACCACAGCUCUGCUGCCCACCUGAUCAAGCAGCUGGAGGCCAGCUUUGCCAGAAACAUCAACAAAGACUAUCCAGGGCUGGCAGAGCCAGUGUUUAGAACCCUGGUGUCCCAAAUCCUGGACCGCGCUGAACCUCUCCUUUGCUCCGGCCUCUCCUCGGAAGUCAUCACUGUCUUCCAGUAUUACAGUUUCUUGACCAGCCACGGUGUGAGUGACCUGGAGACUCACCUGGGUCAGCUAGCCAGGCAAGUUGCCAUGGUUCAGACUCUGCAGUCACUGAGAGAUGAGAAACUGCUGCAGACUAUGAGUGACCUUGCACCCAGCAACCUCCCCGCUCAACAGGAAGUCCUCAGGACACUGGCUCUGCUGCUCACCAAGGAUGACAAUGAGGUCAGCGAGGCCGUGACACUCUACUUAGCAGCAGCCUCCAAAAAUGAACACUUCAGAGAAAAGGCCUUGCUCUAUUACUGCGAAGCACUAACGAAGACCAAUCUCCAGCUCCAGAAGGCAGCAUGCCUGGCCCUAAAGAGCCUAGAGGCCACUGAAAGCAUUAAAAUGCUAGUGACAUUGUGUCAGUCUGACACCGAAGAAAUCAGAACCGUGGCCUCAGAAACCCUCCUGUCUCUUGGAGAAGAUGGGCGACUGGCGUACGAACAAUUAGACAAAUUCCCUCGAGAUUUCGUUAAAGUGGGAGGUCGUCACGGAACCGAAGUUGCCACAGCCUUUUAAAUUUCGUGUUAGCGCUGUCUGACUGCUAUCCCAGUGACACUUGGCCCUUGUCCUCCAGAGGGUGCUGUGAGGUGGCCAGACAGCAGACGGCUGCUGCUGCCGCCAAUAUAGAGAUCUCAAAGUCCAAUUGCACCGUACUGUCUACUUUUCCUUAGCCCACAGAACAGGGCUGUGUAUAACUCACUGGACUGCAUUGUAGUUGUGACUGACAGCCCUUCAGAGUCCCUCUUACCUUACUGUAGAGUUUGAAAAUAGCCAUCUUUUACGCCUCUUUGGAAGUUCAUCUGUAAUCUUGAACUCUUCGUGUGCUGUUUGGAUAUGCAUCCGUUGUAUGCCUUGCCAUCAUUCUUGCUGUGUUCUCAGGGUUGAGUGACCCCUUAGUUACCAAAUUUUAUUUUAAAGACAAAGCACAAAAAGAACGCACUGCGAAUAAGUUUUCUUACAGAACCUGGCAAAAUGAUGAGUUAUAAGAUAGUAGGUUUUGGAGCUGAGGACGUGGCUCCCUUGUUGGAGUACUUGCCUAGCGUUCACAAAGCUUGGGUUCAUCCCAGCACUGCAUAAGCUGGGCAUGCUGCCCGUAUAGACUCAGUGCUCAGAAGCAGAAGGAAGUAGGACCAGAAGGUCAAGGACAUCUUCAGCUACCUAGGGAAGUUUCCCAGGGCAACCUGGGAUACAUGAAGCUGUGGGGUGUAGACUUUUAUAUUUUAGUUUUUUAUACUUCCUCCUAUUUGUUUCUAUUUCCAUCCUCAGAGUUUCCAUAUUGUCUAGCCAUGUGGUUUAAGAGAUAAACGGGAGAAUAUUGCUUCGAUAAGUUCAUACCUAGUCUAUUAAAAGCAAACAAAACCUCAAAGCUUAAACUUUUGCUCUUUAACCAGAGCCAUCUUUAUCACACUCUUGGUUUUUUGGUGUUGCUUGGUUUUUGUUUUGUCUUGAAAUGGAGUCUCCCAAUUGCAGUCCUGACCAGCCUGGAACUCAAUAUACAGGCCAGCCUGACCUUGAACUUGGAAGAGUUCCCCAGCCUUUGCCUCCAGAUCUGGGGUUAUAGGCACUGCCGCUAUGCCUGGUUCUACACAUGUAACUAUUUUCUGUUUUUGUUUUGUGGGGUUUUAUUGCAAAGACAAACACACACCCCAAAGUUGUAGAUUCAGAAAGAUGUAUUGCUCUUUCUGGUGGGGACCUUGACUUUGGAUGAAUCCUAACUAGAUAGAAUAUGGGGGUGCUGAAAGUGGUUCCUGCUUCUAUCAAAUUCUCCAUGAGGCUAGGAAACAGGAGGCCUUGAGAGAUGGAAACUGCCCUGUAGUUUCCACAGCAGCUCAGUACCAGGAAAAAGAUUGAGUCUCUUACUAAGUGUGCAAGGGGUGGGUAUGCCAAGACAUCACAACAGUACAUGUGAGUGCAAUUUGAACUGUAUUCUGGAUGUUUUUGUAUAAAAUACCAAUUAGAUAUUAGUUUCAAUAUUUACAUUUUAGCCAGACUUUUAAAAGGAUUCCUUUCAUUUUAAAGUGAAAAUUGUUUGCCAGGCUUCUGGCAACACAUUCUUUCAACUGUGAAGUUCCUUUGUACAUAUUUGUAUAUUUGUAAAUUUAUACAUAUAUGCACAUAUCUCUCAUUUUAAAGGUAUGUUGUACAGUUAUAGUAUGUAUAGGCUAUAGUCUUUGUUUAAUGAUUGAAAUGUCUCUUUUGUAGAAAGUGAAAUCACAGCUAUUACAGGGCUUUUGUUUGGUUUACUUGUGGAUUUGAAACAUUUUUGAAUAUUGCAUGGAUAAUUAAUUCCACAUCUUUUGUAUUCACUUCUGUGUUUUGAUUUUGGUUGGGGAGUGCUUUUCGGUUUGUGAUAUUUGUAUUCAUCCCUCUUUCAAUCAUGUAAGUCAAAAUAAAAAUUAUUUUUAAUUACUA